AUGCUCUAUCUUAUUGGCCUAGGCUUGUCUUACGAGACUGAUAUUUCAGUUCGUGGCCUUAAUGCUGUAAAAAAAUGUAAAAGAGUAUACUUGGAAGCUUAUACUUCUAUUCUUAUGGCAGCGGAUAAGGCAUCUUUAGAGAAAUUCUAUGGUAGAGAAGUAAUUUUAGCUGACAGAGAGUUGGUUGAAACAGGUUCAGAUGAAAUAUUGAAGGGGGCAAAAGAAGAUGAUGUUGCAUUUUUAGUUGUAGGAGAUCCAUUUGGAGCUACUACUCACACAGAUUUAGUUAUCAGGGCAAGAGAAUUGGGUAUUCAGGUUGAAAAUAUUCAUAACGCAUCAAUAAUGAAUGCUGUAGGAGCAUGUGGUCUCCAGUUAUAUCAAUUUGGUCAAACUGUAUCUUUGGUAUUCUUUACUGAUACUUGGAAGCCUGACUCUUUUUACGAUAAGAUAAUGGAAAAUCGAAAAAUCGGUUUACAUACUCUUUUGUUAUUGGACAUAAAAGUAAAGGAGCAAAGUAUAGAGAACAUGGCUAGAGGAAGAUUGAUAUAUGAACCCCCUAGAUAUAUGAGCAUUAGCACAGCAGCUCAACAAUUGCUUGAAAUUGAGGAAAUUAGACAAGAAAAGGCUUAUACCCCUGAGACACCGUGUGUAGCGAUAUCGAGAUUAGGGUCACCUACACAAUCUUUCAAAGCGGGAACCUUGAACCAAUUGGCUAAUUAUGAUUCUGGAGAACCGUUGCAUACUAUGGUCAUGUUAGGAAGGCAAGUUCAUGAGCUAGAGUUGGAGUACUUGUAUCAGUACACGGACGAAAAAAAUGGUUUUAAGACAAUUGUUCAAAACGAUCAAGAAUAUUUUAAACCACCGCCUUACGUUCCCCCUCCUGAAGAAGAUAUUUGA